GGCGGCCCGGCCCGCCCUGUGGGGAAGCGGAAAGGCUCGGGGUGCCGGGGCUCCCGGUGUGGGGAAGCGGAAAGGCUCGGGGUGCCGGGGCUCCCGGUGCCCGGCCCGCCUUGUGGGGAAGCGGAAGGGUUCGGGGUGCCGAGGCUCCCGGUGCCCGCUCCGCCCUGUGGAGGAGCAGAAAGGCUCGGCGUGUCGGGGCUCCCGGUGCCCGGCCCGCCCUGUGGGGAAGCGGAAGGGUUCGGGUGCCCGCUCCGCCCUGUGGAGGAGCAGAAGGGCUCGGGGUGCCGGGAUCCCGGUGUGGGGAAGCGGAAGGGUUCGGGGUGCCGAGGCUCCCGGUGCCCGCUCCGCCCUGUGGGGAAGCGGAAAGGCUCGGGGUGCCGAGGCUCCCGGUGUGGGGAAGCGGAAGGGUUCGGGUGCCCGCUCCGCCCUGUGGAGGAGCAGAAAGGCUCGGGGUGCCGAGGCUCCUGGUGCCCGCUCCGCCCUGUGGGGAAGCGGAAGGGUUCGGGUGCCCGCUCUGCCCUGUGGAGGAGCAGAAAGGCUCGGGGUGCCGAGGCUCCCGGUGCCCGCUCCGCCCCGUGGGGAAGCGGAAGGGCUCGUGGUGCCGGGGCCGCCCCGCUCCCGCUGCCAUGGCGCGGCCGCCCCGCCGCGGCUGAGGGAGCCGCCAUGGCCGCGGCGCUGCGGGCCGCGCUCUGCGGCGGGCUGCUGCUCUGCGUGCCCAGUGAAGCGAUUUACCUGGAGGCUUCUCAGUUUCUGGAAUGGUCCCAGAGCCCCAGAACGUGAGAAUUACUUCAGUCAAUCUUCACAGCACCUUGCAGUGGGAUGCACCAAGGUUCCCCAGAGGGAACCUCACCUACACUGUCCGGUCCAAGAGCAUUUACUACCCUGGGGACACCUACGAGACGCUGAGGACGGGGCUGAGGCUGCCCUGGUGUGACGUGUCCUCGCUGUCGCCCUACGGCAGCUACGUGCUGCAGCUGCGGGCCGAGGCAGGAGAGCUGCACUCCCCCUGGGUCACCCUCACCUUCAAGCCCAUGGAUGACACCAGCAUUGGCCCCCCUGAGGUGAGGCUGAAGUCGGAGUCCGGGGCCCUGCACGUGGAUGUCUCGGGGCCCUUUGCGGAGCACGAGCAGGACAGGUGGCCCCUGAGGCUCUACUACGGCUCCUGGAGGUACAGGAUCCUCUACUGGAAGAAGGGCAGCAGAGACACAGAGCUGGCCUCUGCUUCCUGGGUAGCUCAGGUGGACACCAGGCACAGCUCAGAGAUCCUGGCCCAGCUGGAGCCAUGGACAGUUUAUUGUGUGCGAGUGCAGGCGCUGAUUCCCGAGUGGAACAAGGCAGGGCAGCUGAGCAGGGAGCUCUGUGAGCAGACAACCCACAACGGUGUAACCCCUGUGUGGAUAAUCGUGACUGUUCUGGUGGGGUCCAUGCUGGUCGUGGGCACAGCUGCCAUCGUUUGUUUCUUCUCCAGUUUUUAUCUGUACAGACUCUCCAAACAUGUUUUCUGCCCAUCCUACAUUUUCCCACAACACUUGAAAGAGUUUCUGAGCAAACCUCCCAGUGCUCCACAGCCUUUCCCUCCCCUUCCACGAGAAGAGCUGCUGGUUUACAACGAGCUGACAGUGAUUUCAGAGCAAUCCCAAACCCUCAGUGAAGGGAGUGGGGAUGAGGCCAGCGGGACACCAGAGCUCCCUCAGGACUCUGCACAAGGAGACUCCGACUCAGGAGUGGGAGCAGCCUCGGGAAAAGCCUAAAUACCCUCCUCAUUCUUCUUGGAAAAGGAGAAGCAAAUGGACUUUUGGGUUUAUCUCAUUGCUGUUCUCCAGCAGGAAAAAUCCACAGACAAGCACGGGGUCACAGACUUUUGACAGAAUAAUUUUAUUUUUUUUAAGUACAAGAAACUUGGCUCUAAAUGAGGAAUUAAAAGAUCCAUAACUUUUGCCACUGUUGGUUGUGGCUCCCUGAGGAGUUGUAGCAAUUCCGGCACUGAUUAUGACACUAAAAAGGAAAUGUCAUAUUUAUAUAUAAUACUAAUUAAUUUAACUUUGAUGAACUAUUUAUUGCAAAAACUAAUCAAAAUGUUUAUAAAAGAAAAUAGUAUUUUGUAAGGAAAGACCUGAUCUGGUUUAUUUCUUUCUAAUGAGAAAUGAUGUGUUUUUAAGGAUAUCCCCGUUGGCAUCAUCUUUAUAUGGAAUUUAUUCUUCCCUGAUGCAAAAUUGUGAAGUUUUUAGGGUGGGAUGAACUGAUGGCUGUGGGAAACUUGGCAGCUGAAGUGGGAGUUAAAUUAGGUUCAUUUUAAUUAUCUGCUGAUGUGUAUUCUUAAUUCUAAAAAUCCAGGGAGCUGUGACUCCAAGCCCAGCCUCACCUGCACAGGGGGGUAAAGGCUGUACCCAGCACUGGGGCAGAAGUGGGACCUUUGCAGGGGCAUUGACUGGGUUUGUGUUAUUGCAUCAAAGUGGGAGUGAGAAAUUAAAUUCUGUCACCAAAAGGA